AUAAUUUCCCUAAAAUUUAUUUGCAUUGUCCACGUGUGUGUUGCUUUGGAAAUACUAUGAAGACGUUCUUUAAUUUUUCAUGCAUCUGUGUUUAAGUGCCUGCCUGCCCGUGUCAGCAGUAGAGUGAGCAGUCACAGUGGAAGACGCAAGAGAAGGAUGGAGUGCAGUUGCUACCUGAAAGUAGCUGUCUUUGCUAAUUUUCAGAAUUUCUUGUCUCUUCAUUUAUUGAUUCAUUAUUGGAGGACCGGUUUUAUGUGUGUAGCAGGGGCUCUCUUAGCCAAUUUUAGCCUAUUCUACCCAGCAUGUCAGUCCACAACCCUCAGUUAGUUUGCCAUGUAUUUUUUCCUAAAGAUGAGCUUGGGAAAUGUUGCCGAGAAUGACCAGAAAGUGAAAUUGAUGUACUUUUGACCAGACUGUCAGGCUUAUGGUACUUUCAUGGCUUUGUAAACAUUUUUUUCGCAUUAUUUAUAACAUCCGAUUUAUUUCUUCUUCUUAGCAGAUUGUUUUUCCCUCUCAGUUUUGGAAGAUCUUAAUGAAGUGGUUUGCCCUGUGUGUUCUGUGGUUCCUAGAAUUUUAAUGGUGAGGAGGAGCAGGUGAUGGGAGGACAUGUUGGCAGGAUUCCAUGUUUCCCACUUCCUUUCAGCCAGGAUAGCUUUGCUGUAUCUAUUUUAUAUUUUGGAUUUCUGAAAAAUUCUUAUAUUGGAAUCUUUAGUAAUCCCCCCUCCCUCCUUUUUAUCAACCUAAAAGCAAAAAAAAAAAAAAAAAAAAAAAAAAAAAGAACAUUUACCAUGUGAGAAACUAAAUGCUUUGUAUUAUCUAGCUCAUUUAAGUCUCAGAGUUACAUACGGUAGAAAAGAACUGUAUGGUAUUAAGUGGCAAACUGGGGGUCCUCAUCAGCCUGAUCACUGAGCCAAUCUUUUUUCUUUUUUUCCUUAACGGUACCACGCUGGUUCUGCUUGCUCAGAAAUAAGUUUUGUCUCUUAUUGUAAAAAUACCCCUGUUAUUGUAACUUAAACUUGUGCGUCUCAUACCUCAUAAUUGCAUUUAAACUUUAAGGGGAGAAGAGCCAAAAUGUUAUACUUUUCUCUGUUCCUGCAGCUUCUUUUAUAGUGAUUUAAACAUCAUAGAACUGGGAGUUUAUUGGUGAUCAGAAACAAGGCAAUUCAGAUUAUGAAUUUUUAAUUUGUAGAUUGUAAACAUUAUAACAGCAUUAAUAUACAGUAAAUCUGCACACUUUAGGAAAGGGAAAAUAACUUGAUUUCUAUGGAAAUCUGAAAGAAUAAAUGAAAUUUCAGAGUUGGUAAUAUAUAUUGGUAUAACAUAGAGGCUAUAAUUGAAAUCAAGAAUAAAAAUGAAUUUUUAAAGAGUGAAAGAAACAGCACACUGAAGAAAGAACAUUAAAACAUAGCAGGGGAAAAAGCAGGCCAGGCAAAAGGAGAGAGCCUUGUCAUGUGGUGGUUGAAAACCUGGCAGCAUGUCAUGAAAGCCAGAGGAGCUAGGAAGGGACCGACCAACACGGGACCACAGAAUAAGAAGGAAAUAGGGGCCAAGAAGAAGCCAUCACACUGGGCAAGUGAGAUGUAGUCAGUGAUGUUGGAUAAUCUUAGUAGGAUGACAAUCUGAGGUGCAGAGAUGUGGAGGGCAAGCAGGAAAGACAUGAGUAAAGUCCCUUAGGAGGAACUGAAGGAUGGUUGGAGAGUCAGUCAACGCUGAGAUGAAUUCUAGCACAAGUGAGAUCAUUCAUUCAUGCUGACAGUGGCUACUGGUAACCACUGGGUACAGGGGGCUGUGGCAUAAGGAGUUAAAUAAGAGGACCAUGAAUAAAUGUUCUUGAAUGUUGAAAAAUAAAGACACAAGAGUAUAUAUAGAUUGUGACAGUGAAAGAAACCUGUGGUGGUCUUCUACCUAGUAAAGGAUAGUAACUCCUUACUGUCGAGGUAGUUUGGGGGAAAGACAGGAAGCUGUGAUUCACGUUGGUGGUCUGUGAAAGGAUGUAGCCCUUCUGCUGUAUGACUGCAGUUAAGGAAGAGAUUCAUUUGAAGCAUAAUGUGUGGAUUUCAGUGUGACCAAAGGUUUUUGGGUCGAGAUAGAGUGGAACAGAGUGAGAGCCGCUAAAAUACAUGCGUCCUGGGGAAGAGUUAUUUGAGCAACUUUUCCUUCAGUACAGUUUAGGGAAAGAAUACCUAGUUAUCACUGUGCUAGUGAACUGAUGCUGGGAGGACUGAACAAGGUAGAGGCCUGUGGAGGACAGGAUGUUCCUUUUCCUCCUUCAGCCUAACCUAAGCAGUGCUAUCUGUUUCUUAUACACAUCAGGCUUCUCUGUAUGCUCUCAUUUGAAAAAUGGGGUCAAGGCAGAGAAAAACUUAUUAAAGCAUUCCAGAUUCAUGAAAUAACAAAGAGAAUACUUACCAUUAAAUGGUUAUUAUUCCUGCAAGAAACUUGGUUUGGCCUAGUGCCAGACCUAAAAUGUUAGAGCUUGAGGUAUAAAUGCUGGUAAUACAGCAAGAGAAAACAUUUACUGAACAUGCAUACUAGAUACUUUGCUGUGUACUUCACGUGAUUAUCCACUUUGAUAUUCACAGUAACCCUUCCAGGUUCAUCUGUUGGCAGCUUUUACAGAUGGGCAAAGUGAGGCUUAGAGAUACAGUGUCCAGCAGCUGGGACUAGAAGUGAGACAUUUAUCUGUCUUCAGAGCCUGAGCUCUCCAUCAGUACUGUAUAUGUCUAUUGAAUGUCAGUAUCUUAACAUUUUCUGAAUUUGUUAAUCUUAUACAUUGAACUGCAGUGAUUUAAAGACAUUAAAAGUAUUACAACUUUCAAAAUGAUAGAUAAAAGUAAGGAUGCUCUGAUUGAUGCAGGAGUUGAGGACUAUAGAGAUAUUUUCUUUGCUUCUUAUUUCUCAUGAGGCAUCUGUAGGAAAUCUGCACGCUCCUUUGAACAUAUUCUGAAAAUUAAAGCCUCAGAAGGAAGGACAUCAAAGGGAUUGCUUGGCAUUUUGUACAGAACCAGUUUUUGCGAGUUUAGCCAACGUUCUUGGUAACUGGGAAAAUCUACCUUCUGCUAUAUCUCCAGACAUUAAGGAUUAUAAACUUUAUGAUGUAGAAACCAAAUAUGGUUUGCUUCAGGUUUCAGAAGGAUUGUCAUUUUUGCACAGCAGUGUGAAAAUGGUUCAUGGAAAUAUUACUCCAGAAAAUAUAAUCUUGAAUAAAAGUGGAGCCUGGAAAAUAAUGGGUUUUGAUUUCUGUGUGUCAUCAACCAAUCCUUCUGAACAAGAGCCUAAGUUUCCUUGUAAAGAAUGGGACCCAAAUUUACCAUCAUUAUGUCUUCCAAAUCCUGAGUAUUUGGCUCCUGAAUACAUACUUUCUGUCAGCUGUGAAACAGCCAGUGAUAUGUAUUCUUUGGGAACUGUUAUGUAUGCUGUAUUUAAUAAAGGGAAACCUAUAUUUGAAGUCAACAAGCAAGAUAUAUAUAAAAGUUUCAGUAGGCAAUUGGAUCAGUUGAGUCGUUUAGGAUCUAGUUCACUUACCAGUAUACCUGAGGAAGUCCGUGAACAUGUGAAACUACUGUUAAAUGUAACCCCAGCUGUGAGACCAGAUGCGGAUCAGAUGACAAAGAUUCCUUUCUUUGAUGAUGUUGGUGCAGUCACACUUCAAUAUUUUGAUAGCUUAUUCCAAAGAGAUAAUCUUCAGAAAUCACAGUUUUUCAAAGGACUGCCAAAGGUUCUGCCAAAACUGCCUAAGCGUGUCAUCGUGCAGAGAAUUUUGCCUUGUUUGACUUCAGAAUUUGUAAACCCUGACAUGGUACCUUUUGUUUUGCCCAAUGUUUUAUUGAUUGCUGAGGAAUGCACCAAAGAAGAGUACGUCAAAUUAAUUCUACCUGAACUUGGCCCUGUAUUUAAACAGCAGGAGCCAAUCCAGAUUUUGUUAAUUUUCCUACAAAAAAUGGAUUUGCUGCUGACCAGAACCCCUCCCGAUGAGAUAAAGAAUAGUGUCCUGCCCAUGGUUUACAGAGCCCUAGAGGCGCCUUCCAUUCAGAUCCAGGAGCUCUGUCUGAACAUCAUUCCAACCUUUGCAAAUCUUAUAGACUACCCCUCCAUGAAAAAUGCGCUAAUACCGAGAAUUAAAAACGCCUGUCUCCAGACGUCUUCCCUUGCGGUUCGUGUGAAUUCACUAGUGUGCUUAGGAAAGAUACUGGAAUACUUGGAUAAAUGGUUUGUACUUGAUGAUCUGCUGCCCUUCUUACAACAGAUUCCAUCCAAGGAACCUGCGGUCCUCAUGGGAAUUUUAGGUAUUUACAAAUGUACUUUUACUCACAAGAAGUUAGGAAUUACCAAAGAGCAGCUGGCUGGAAAAGUACUGCCUCACCUCAUUCCCCUGAGCAUCGAAAACAACCUUAAUCUUAACCAGUUCAACUCUUUCAUUGCCGUCAUAAAAGAGAUGCUCAGCAGGCUGGAGUCCGAGCACAAGACGAAGCUGGAGCAGCUCCAUAUAAUGCAGGAGCAGCAGAAAUCUUUGGACAUAGGAAAUCAAAUGAAUUCCUCUGAGGAGACAAAAGUUACAAAUGUUGGAAAUCAGAUUGACAAAGUUUUUAACAACAUCGGAACAGAUCUUUUGACUGGUGGUGAAUCAGAAAAUAAAGAAGAUGGCUUACAGAGUAAACCCAAAAGGGCAUCACUUACACUCGAAGAAAAACAAAAAUUAGCAAAAGAACAGGAGCAGGCCCAGAAGUUGAGAAGCCAGCAGCCCCUGAGUCCCCAGGUGCACACCACUGUGGCUCCAGUGAAGCAGGCCAAGGACCUGACAGACACGUUGAUGGAUAAUGUGUCAUCUUUGACUGGCCUGUCUGUCAGCACCCCUAAACCUGCUGCUUCAAGUACCUUCACUUCCGUUCCUUCCUCGAGUCUGGGUGUGAUGUUUUCUACACCAAUUGACAAUACAAAGAGAAAUUUGACAAAUGGCCUGACCAGCAAUAUGGGCUUUCAGACUCCAGGAUUCGGUAUGCCGGUUAACACGAACCAGAACUUCUUCAGUAGUACAAGCACACCUGGUGUGAGCAGCCUGACUCUGGGAGCGCCUCCCACCCUGCCAAACUUCAGCGCUUUGAGCAUUCCUCCUGCUGGGGCAAAGCAGUCCCAACAAAGACCCACAGAUAUGUCUGCCCUUAAUAAUCUCUUUGGUCCUCAGAAACCCAAAGUUAGCAUGAACCAGCUAUCACAGCAGAAACCAAAUCAGUGGCUUAAUCAGUUUGUACCUCCGCAAGGUUCUCCAGGUAUGGGCAGUUCAGUGAUGGGACCACAGGUGAACAUGGUAGGACAGUCUGCCUUCGGCAUGCAGGGUAACCCUUUCUUUAACCCCCCGAACUUUGUACAACCGCCCACGACCAUGACCAGUAGCAGUUCAGCUAGCAAUGAUUUGAAAGACCUUUUUGGGUGAGGUGCGUUGCUCCUGUGAAUGAGGGAUUACUUCCGUUUUCUGGGUAAGCUUAUUUACAUCUUUGUUUACUUGGCUUGAAGCAACUAGUAUUGCAGAGUGGAUGUUUGUGACAGAGGAUCGGUUCCCAUGCCAGCCAGCAUAGAGGUUGUGUGAACUCCUAACCAGACGAGAUUUUUUAAAAUUAAGAAUUUUCUUCCUCUUAACGACUCUUUAGGUUUUUAAAAUCCUUCUCCUUACCAGUGUCAGAGAGAAAAGGGGACAACUGAGUUAUCUUGAACAGCAGAAUUUUUAAAUCAGAUGUUUAUUUUGCCUUGUAAAUCUUGAUGUUAUUUCAAAAACUUGAGUCGAUGGUAACUGCAUAUUCACCUCUGUGUACACUGCUUGGUACACGGUCUGUCUUUACAAGUCACUACUCUUCAUUUUAAUAUGUGGAAAAUGUUGAUGCUUAUUGAUUUGUUUGCAUUUAGAUGACUGAGAAAAUGAGAAGUAUAAGAAAAAUGAUCAGGCUUUUUGCUUCUUACAUUCUUAUUUACUUUGCAGACGAACUAAUGUUUAGUAUAAAAGACCGAGCAAAUACUACAGAAUUUAUCUUACCUUAAUUUUACUGGUUUAAAAAGCAUUAUUAACCAUCUUAAAUGCAGACUAAUCAUUGUACAUUAUAUUUUAGCAUGAUCUGCCUCAAAUAACUGUAUUUUUCUGCAUUUACUUGGAUGUAUUGAAGGUCUGUUUUUCCCUACCGCAUCGCAGAGGAGAGAUGUACUGCUGUGUGCGGAUGAUUGGCCAAGCAAUCUGAUGGGAUCCCUGGCGACUGCCUUCAUGUUUCAUUUUGAAUCUAAAUUUACGAGGUUGUAGCACAAAUGAAUUACAUUUCAAAAGAAAUUUGUAAGAAUUAAAUUGUAUUUAAGCAGUAAACUUGGAGAUUUUUGCUGUAUUGUUUCAAAUGUAAUUAGACUUCUGUACAAAUGAGGCUGUAUCUUCUGUACGAAUGGACUAAUGUUGAGCUUACUGUGAUGGUCUGACCUCAUCAGAUACUACGACUGAAGUCUCCUAGGAAUUGCAGUAACCUUUUGUUUGCACAUUUUCACGUCCAUCCAUAAGCAGCUGUUUGAGAAAGGAAAGGAUAAGUUCUUACAACAGACAACAUGUUUUACUCCUCAGAACUUUUCUGUUUUUAAUUUGCUGAUUAUUCAACCACAGAGCCUUAUGCUGUGUCAUUUGUAGUUUUAAAAAUUGUAUCCCACUGUUAUGUGAUAACUUUAUCCUUUGAAGAACUGUAAAUGUACUAUAGUUGCUGCCAUACAGUUUGUGGUUUUUAAUUAUCUGGAACCAGCAAUCACUUAAAAUAAACCAUAUGAAGUUUA